CCCAUUACAACCACCCACCCCCAGAUUCCUCCUCCUCCUCCCCCCCUCCUCUGUUCAUCCCUGGUGUUCUUCUCUUUUCGCAAAAUCAUUCCUCCUCCUCCUCCCUCUCUUCUCCUUGUUGUUGUUGUAUAAACAGCAAACAAAAGCAGAAAUAAAAAAUCUCCUUGUUGUUUCCCUCCAUUUCCUUCCUCACCGAAAACUUUCCCUUCGUUUCCUUCCUUUCUACGAUUGCCAUUAAAACAAAAAUAAAACAAAAAACAGAACCGUUGAAGGUUCCAGAUCCGCUUCUGUCAGGUACAGCUAAACAAAGCUACUGGAUAAUUCUCUCACCUGUUUUUUUAGCAAACUGUGAACCUAAAAAAGACAGAAACAAAACAGAAACAGUCCAACCCAACCCAAAACUUCAUAAUGGGCAACAUCAGCAGCAGAAACAACGUUAACAGCAGGCGGAGCCUCGGCAGCCGGCGGAGCCACCCUCCACCUCCACCGCCAGCACCCCCACAGCCUGAAAUCACGGCCAACCGUUACGUUUUCGCCGCUGCAACACCUUACCCUUCGCAAUAUCCAAACCCUAACCCUCCACGAUACUACCAGCACCCUGGCUACUAUCCAGCCCAGCCAACAGCGAUGUCUGUGCCUUUGCCAGCUCCGUAUGAUCAUCACCACCGGGUGGACCAUCCGGCGGCUCAUUGGGUGAGUGGGAGGUGCCCAAUGAUGCCCCAACCGGCGCCUUAUGUGGAGCACCAGAAGGCGGUUACUAUAAGUAAUGAUGUUAAUUUGAAGAAGGAGAGUUUGAGGAUUGAACCGGACGAGGAGAAUCCAGGGAGCUAUCUUGUUACAUUCACGUUUGAUGCUACUGUUGCUGGAAGCAUCACUAUUAUUUUCUUUGCAAAAGAAGGUGAGGAUUGUAUCCUGACACCAAUGAAGGCUGACCUCCUUCCACCAGUAACAGUUAAUUUCCAACAAGGUCUGGGCCAGAAGUUCAGACAGCCUUCUGGGACAGGGAUUGAUUUCACCUUGUUUGAGGAGAAAGAGUUGGUAAAAGAGGGUGAGAUGGAUGCCUAUCCUCUAGCAGUAAAAGCAGAGGCAUCCCCUGCUAAUCAAAAGGGAACAGAAGGAAACCAAAUGUCUGGAGCUACGAACUCUCAGAUAACACAUGCAGUGUUUGAGAAGGAGAAAGGUGAGUACCAAGUAAGGGUGAUGAAGCAGAUCAUCUGGGUGAAUGGGACGAGAUAUGAGCUUCAGGAGAUAUACGGGAUUGGAAAUUCUGUUGAUGGUGAUGUUGAUGCAAAUGACCCAGGUAAAGAAUGUGUCAUUUGCCUGUCAGAACCACGGGACACUACCGUUCUUCCUUGCCGACACAUGUGUAUGUGCAGUGGAUGUGCAAAGGUUUUGGGGUUCCAAACGAACAGAUGCCCCAUCUGCAGGCAACCAGUUGACAGGCUUCUAUUGAUAAAGGUCAACAAUGGGCCUGAUGAAUGACUAAACAGGUGCUGCUGCCACUUGUAUGUGGAUAGUAGUUUGCUGGUCUUGUUUUCCUUUCAAAUCCCCUGCUUCUGUAAUAAUCAAACGGGAAAAUAUGCAAGUGGCAAGGGUAAAAUACUGGCAUUGUGCCAAAUAUGCAAGCCAACGCCAUCAGCCAGCAUUUGCAAGUCCUUGGUGGCAAUUUCUUUGAACUAUGAAGAAUUCAAAAUAUAGAAUAUGUUUUGUUUCUCAA